UUGGGUAUAACACUUGUCAAUAGUUUUUGCCGAAAUCAAAUGAAAACUCUUUUCCACUUACCUUUAUACAAAGAUUAGUGUUUGGAUUUUCCUGUUAAAUCGAGUCAAAAGAAGCCUCAGUCUUAGCUUAAUUAUAAGUCCCGGUUCCAUUAUGGACGGCAAGUCUUUGAUUGUGAACAAAACCUUGCCUUUCGAUGCGUCAUUGCUAACGGUUAACAUAUCGCUGCGUCAGGUGGAGGAGAUAGCAUCGAGCUUAUCCCAGCGUUGUGUCGUCUCUGGUGUAAAUGAAAUCGCCUGGGCCCUGAGAGCGCUCAUGCUGACAGACUUGACUACGCUGUCGGGAGAUGACACCCGAGCGAACGUGCGUCGACUAUGUGUGCGCGCUUGCUAUCCCUUUGAACCGCAGUUCUUCGACAAAUACUUUGAGCGCACGCUCCUGCUGGACAUUCACUGUGCUGCUGUUUGUGUGUAUCCGGCGCGUGUUAAGGACGCCUAUACAACAAUUCAGCAGUUUAACCAAUUGGAUAGCGUGGCUAUUGCUGCUGUGGCAACUGGAUUUCCCACAGGCCAAUAUGGUCUGCAGACGCGCUUGCAGGAAAUAAGUCACGCCAUCCUGGCGGGCGCCACAGAGAUUGACGUUGUUAUCAACCGGCAGCUGGCGCUUUUAGGCGACUGGGAGGCGCUCUACAACGAGGUGGUGCUCAUGCGCAGUGCCUGCGGUGACCACGCAAUUCUCAAGACCAUUUUGGCUAUUGGUGAGCUGGGUACUAUGGAAAAUGUCUACAAAGCCUCCAUGGUAUGCAUGAUGGCGGGCGCAGACUUUCUAAAGACCUCCACAGGCAAGGAGGUUGUGAAUGCGACCCUGCCAGUCGGCUUGGUUAUGAUAUUUGCCAUACAAGAGUUCAAGCGACGCACUUGCCAAAAAGUUGGCCUGAAGGCAGCGGGUGGGGUACGCACAGUGCGAGACGCGGUCUCUUGGAUGACGCUCGUUAACGAGACGCUGGGAAGUCGUUGGUUGACACCGCAUCGCUUUCGUUUUGGCGCUUCCGGGCUGCUGGAUGACAUUGAAAAAGUUGUGCGCGACGGUGUUGCCAUAUUGGAACGCGAGGCUGCUGAGGCCAAUCAGACUAAUCCGCAGGCAUCAGAGGAAGGUAGUGUAGAUGCUACUUGCAAGGAGCUGCGCAAAAAGCAGCAAUCGGAAAAUUAAUUGUGCGUUCUCAUCACACAAAACAAUGCAAAAUGUAUUUCAUUUUAUUAAAUUUUCGCCAGGAAUAAAUGUGAUCAGGAAGAAGUGUG